UUGUGCUUUGUGUUUGUGCAUCUCUAUUUACUUUCUCUUUCUCUGAUCUAAGGGUUUUCCUUGUCCAAUAUAAACUCCAAGGCCACACCCACUUCAGACCAUUCCUUUUAUGCAGUAUUAUCUCCAGGGUUGUAAUUAAUCAUGGAGUUUAUGGUGAUUACUUUGUUUUUCAAAAUUAGUCUCUUCUUAUUAUUGCAAGCGCCCUGUGCUUCUUCUCUUCAAAUUCAAGUGCAAUAUUCACAUGAAAAAGCCAUUGAAGUACAGCUUUCUGAUCUGCCAAGAAAGCUCAGAGUCACUGCUGAAGUAACAGUUAAACAACAUGGAGCUCCGGAUACGAUGUCAAGCAACAAGCAGCAGAAUGAGCCUGUCCAUUCUGGGAAGACAAAAAAUAAAGAAAAAGGAGUGAUGCAUGGAAGCAAAGGGACAUGGCGAGAAUGGGUGGAGGGAACAGACACAUCACAAUAUUUUACUAUGGAUUAUUCUCAUGUUAAAAGACGACGCCCCAUACAUAACAAGGCCUUGCCGGUUGGUCCCUAAAAUAUGCCCGCAUCUCAGUACAAAUAGAUCGACCCCUUUUUCGUUACAAUUUUGUUGAUUUUUGUAAUUACGAAAUUGAGGAAGGUGUCGUUUCUUCAUAUGUAUAAUGGGCGACAUUGUUGUUGCAAAUUCUAUAACAUCUCUUGGUUUGCUAGUCAAACGAGGCUACAAACAAACCCCAAUAUUUGGAGACAAGCUUUCACAA